AGCAGAGCAUACCGGGAGUUGUAGUUCCCAGCUCCGAUGCCACGGCGUUCGCCACACGUCUACGAGUGACAGGUGGUCUGGCCAAUGGUAGCACCGUUUAAGCCCAAGGGGGCUUGUCCUUGAGAAGAGCUAAAAGGUGGCGGUGGCGAAGGCGCUGGCGGUUGAGGCUCCCCCGAGGCAGGUGACUACUAUGAAAGGCUUAUAUUUUCAACAAGGUUCUACAAAUGAAGAAAUAGCAUUUGUAUUUCAAGAAAAGCUUCUUGCAGAGAUGAAGAUGGAAAAGGAUUUCUUUCCUGUUGGUAGAGAAGUUGCUGGAAUUGUGUUAGAUGUUGGAAGCAAGGUAUCAUUCUUUCAACGAGACGAUGAAGUAGUUGGAAUUUUGCCCCUGGAUUCAGAAGACCCAGGACUUUGUGAAGUUGUUAGAGUCCAUGAGCAUUACUUGGUCCAUAAACCAGAGAAGGUUACAUGGACAGAAGCAGCUGGUACCAUUCGGGAUGGUGUACGAGCCUAUACAGCGCUACAUUACCUUUCUCAUCUCUCUCCUGGAAAAUCAGUACUGAUAAUGGAUGGAGCAAGUGCAUUUGGCAUAAUAGCAAUUCAGUUAGCACACCACAGAGGAGCCAAGGUAAUUUCAACAGCAUGCAGCUUGGAAGACAAGCAGUGUCUUGAAAGACUGAGACCUUCUGUAGCCCGAGUGAUCGAUGUAUCUAAUGGGAAAGUCCAUGUUGCCGAAAGCUGUUUGGAAGAAACAGGUGGCCUGGGAGUAGAUAUUGUUCUGGAUGCUGGAGUGAGGUUAUAUAAUAAAGAUGAUGAGCCAGCUGUGAAAUUACAACUUCUACCACAUAAAAAUGAUAUCAUCACACUUCUUGGUGUUGGAGGCCACUGGAUAACAACAGAAGAAAACCUUCAGUUGGAUCCUCCAGAUAGCCACUGCCUUUUCCUCAAGGGAGCAACCGUGGCGUUUCUGAAUGACGAAGUCUGGAACUUGUCAAAUAUACAGCAAGGAAAAUAUCUAUGUAUUUUAAAGGACGUGAUGGAGAAGUUGUCAUCUGGUGUUUUUAGACCUUUAUUGGAUGAACCCAUUCCACUGUAUGAGGCAAAAGUGUCCAUGGAAGUUGUUCAGAAAAAUCAAGAAAGAAAAAAGCAAGUGGUUCAGUUUUAAUUUUCUUCUUUGCCAGACCUCAGUUGGAUGUACUUAUCCCAGUAUCUGAAGCCAGUUUUCUUUGAAAAUUAUUGAGAAAAAAAUCAAGGAAGAUAAAAAGAAAAACUCAAGCUAGUUCCAUUUUGAAGCAUUUUUUCCUGGAUGUUCAGUUUGUGACAUAUCUGAAAAGUACUUGCAAAUCUGUUGUGGAUACGAUUGAGAUAUUUAUUUUAACAUCUGAAGGGAAUAUUCGGUUUUAAGUUAUUGUUUUUAUGCAUUUUGCUUAUCUAUAAAAUUCCUUAAGAAAAAAACCCUCCUUCCUGCAAAAAGCACACUAUUUUUAUACAUGUUAUAGGCCUUUGGUGUACUGUCAAAAUGUUAUUAAUUCUAUAUCAACUCUGUUCUCAACAUCUUUUCCCAACAAGCCCCUGCUGUCAUAAUUUAA